AUGGCCGGAGACGGAGGCGCUCUGAAGGAUGCCAACGAGAUCAAAUCCCAGUUCCGGACCAGAGAGGGUUUCUACAAGCUGCUCACCCUGUCCGACUCCCAGCAGCGGGCCGGGCUGCCGCGGGGCCCGGCGGCCGGUGGCGGAGCCGGACCCGGGGCGGCACCGGGAGGAGGGGCCGGAGGGGUCGGGCUGCUGCAGGGCCCCGGGGCCGCCGCUGCUGCUGCCGCCGGGGCAGCAGCAGCAGCAGCAGCAGCAGCAGCGGCCUCCUCCUCCUCCUCCUCCUCCUCCAGCGCCGCGGCCUCCUCCUCCUCCUCUCCUGCGGGCUUCCUGCCGCCGGUGCGGGUCUCUAUGGUGAAGCUGCAGCCCGAAGACCCGGGAGAGGAGUCGGAGCGGGUCUGCUUCAACAUCGGCAGGGAGCUUUAUUUCUACACCUACACCAACAUCAAGAAGGCUGUAGACCUCAGCAAGCCGAUCGACAAGAGGAUCUACAAGGGGACUCAGCCGACAUGUCACGACUUCAACCAGUACUCCGCCACGGCGGAGAGUGUUGCCCUCAUCGUGGGUUUCUCGGCCGGACAGGUCCAGUACCUCGACCCCAUCAAGAAGGAAACCAGUAAACUCUUCAAUGAGGAGAGGUUGAUAGACAAAUCCAAGGUGACGUGUCUAAAAUGGCUCCCCAAGUCCGAAAACCUGUUCCUGGCCUCCCACGCCAGCGGCCACCUCUACCUCUACAACGUGGACCACCCGUGUGGCACCGCGGCCCCGCAGUACUCUCUUCUGCGACAGGGAGAGGGCUUCGCUGUAUACGCCUGCAAGACAAAGACGCCGCGCAACCCAUUGUUGCGGUGGGCCGUGGGCGAUGGAGGCCUCAACGAGUUCGCCUUCUCCCCGGACGGCGUGCACGUGGCGUGCGUGGGCCAGGACGGCUGCCUGCGCGUCUUCCACUUUGACUCGAUGGAGCUUCAGGGGGUGAUGAAGAGCUACUUCGGCGGGCUGUUGUGCGUUUCUUGGAGCCCCGACGGUAAGUAUCUCGCCACGGGCGGAGAGGACGACCUGGUUACCGUCUGGUCGUUUGCGGAGAGCCGCGUCGUCGCAAGAGGUCACGGUCACAAGUCCUGGGUGAACGUGGUGGCGUUCGACCCCUUCACGACUUCCCUUGAAGACGAGGAGCCUAUGGAGCUAAGCGGCAGCGAGGAGGACCUCCACCAGGGGGCGCCAAAUAACUCCAUGCACUUUGGCCGGGUCCGAACGAGCAGCACGUUGUCGCGUCUUUCUAGGCACAGCUCUAAAGGUGGCGGUUCAGCGUCGGUCACGUACCGGUUUGGCUCGGUGGGGCAGGACACCCAGUUCUGUCUGUGGGACUUGACGGAUGACGUGUUAUACCCACGCCUGCCGCUGUCCCGCGCCUUUACUAACACUUUUGGACCAUCGCUGUCCAACUCUGGCAGCGGGGCGGUAAAUAGCACUUCAGUUGUGAGUGGAAGUGGAACAGUCGAGGGGCACCACCACCCGCCUAACACCAACACCGGCGCCGCAAACCCACCAACGCUCCCCUUACCGCUUCCUCGCUCCCUCUCCCGCUCCAACUCUCUGCCCCACCCUGCUGUGGCGAACGCCUCAAAGGGCCAAGGCGCCACGGAGGGCAGCGGGGGAAGCGGAGUGGGUGGAGGGAGUGCAGUUGGGGGGAACAGCACACCGUUCAGCAUCGGCCGCUUCGCCACCCUGUCGCUCCAGGAGCGAAAGUCAGACAAGUCCGGCUGCAGCAGUGGGGUGGAGAAGGAGCAUAAGAGGUACCACAGUCUGGGCAACAUCAGCAAGAGCAAUGACAAGAUCAACGUGGCGCCAAGGAGCAACCGGCUGGACGCCGCCAAGGUCCUGGGCACCACGCUGUGCCCGCGCAUGUACGAGGUGCCUUUGCUGGAGCCGCUGGUGUGCAAAAAGAUUGCACAUGAGAGGCUGACUGUCCUGGUGUUCAUGGACGACUGCAUCAUUACAGCCUGCCAAGAGGGUCUCAUAUGCACCUGGGCGCGACCGGGGAAGGCGAACCUGACAGCACAGAACGGGAACUCUCCGAGCGGCACGGUGGUAUAGCUGAAGGAGAAGCUUUGCACUCAUCCCCCCCCGUCCUCUCCACAGAUACUCAAGUAUGUCAAAUUAGGGGCCAACAAUCAGAGAGCGUACCCUUCCUACCACUGCAGUAUUACACCGUCGGUAUGACCCUCUAUACCCGCCACGACCCAAAUC